UAUCCACAAACCCAAAACCCACACUCCCUCUUCUUCUUCCUUCAGAGAACCAAAGCUUUGUUCAUAUUUCCAACUCUGCCCCCACAAUCAGAACGCUCACUCACUCACUUUGCCAAGCUUCUCUCUCUCUUCCGAGUGUUCAUGGCGACAUCGUUUUGUCCAACGACCCCCGUACGGUCCAUCCUUCAACCCCAGCAAAACCCUCCCAAAAGCCUCCUCUUUCUUCGUGGUUCGUGUAAUGGAGGACCUGAUUUUGUGAAACGCCGGUUAAGCGCAUAUUCGUGGAGCUCGGCUGUGAGCUGUAGUAAGAUUGCCAAUGGUGCUGCAGGGUUUUGUGGGAAGCCCAUUGUUUUGAGGAAGUUGUUGCAAAGGAGAAGAGGAGUUGUGAGGGCUGCAACUAUUGAAGAAAUUGAAGCACAAAAAUCAUUGAUUGAGAAAGAUUCUAAAGGAAGGAUGGAAAAAACUAUUGAUACAGUUCGAUCAAAUUUCAAUUCAAUAAGGACAGGGAGAUCAAACCCAGCCAUGCUAGAUAAAAUUGAGGUGGAAUAUUAUGGAAGUCCAGUUAGCUUGAAGAGCAUAGCUCAAAUCAGUACUCCCGAUGCAAGUUCUCUCUUGGUUCAGCCGUAUGACAAAUCCAGCUUAAAGGCUAUAGAGAAGGCCAUAGUGGGCUCUGAUCUUGGUAUGACUCCAAACAACGAUGGAGAAGUGAUAAGAUUGACUCUCCCUCAACUUACAUCAGAAAGGAGGAAGGAAUUCUUAAAAAUAGUAGCUAAACUGGCUGAAGAAGGGAAGGUGGCAUUGAGGAACAUAAGAAGAGAUGCUUUAAAAGCCUGCGAAAAACUUGAGAAGGAGAAAAAGCUCUCUGAAGACAUUGCAAAGGACUUGUCAAGUGAUUUGCAGAAGCUGACGGAUGAGUAUAUGAAGAAGAUCGAUGCCAUCUACAAACAGAAAGAGAAGGUACUGCCUAUUUCAACCAAACUGAUGGCAUAGGAGUUGCUGAAGGUUUAAGGAUUGUCUAAUACACAUGUAAAUGGGAGUUGAUUGGAGAGCUUCCCCAGUAGUGAACCUCAGAAUUUUGUAUGUUGAUAAUCUGUGGUGUAUAUUGUUUAUACAGGUUACAAAAAAGAACACUUUUGAAUUGAGAAGAGACAUUUCGUUUUGAAGUAAAAUUCAGUAGGUGGGUCCCCCCUUUUUCUAUUGUUUA